AUGAAUAUGUCUCAACAGCUGAAACGGAAAGGCAUCGAUGGAGACAACGAAAAACCCAUUGAACAGUUUCUCCUGUCCAAACGGUCCCGCACAAACGACCCCACAGGGUUAGCCAUUGGCACAUUGGCACCAGCCGCCAAGGCACUCAACAGAGAAGAUGCAUUUGUGCUCAGAAUUAAGCCACUUCAUCUUGAGAUGCCAACUGCGCACUUUGACCACGAUGACUUGAAUGAGCGGCUCGACAAGUACAGUAGUAACAAUACGGGGCGGAACGACUUCAGAGGGAAUGACUUCAGAGGGAAUGACUUCCGAAGUAGCAGGAACACUGGCAUCUAUGGUGCUAAUCAUUACGAGAGGAACAGUUUUGGUGGUAACCACUACGGUAGUGGUAGCAAUCACUAUAGUGGAAGCAGCAGUAGCAGCAGUAGUAGUCGCAACAAAAAACCGGAUAUGAUAUUGGAUGGAUAUGGAAAUCGGCCGAUUUAUCUUCUGCAGAACUUGUCGGUUUUUGACGAUGAGAGUGAAUUCAGGAAAUAUUUCAAUUUACUAGAUCUCAAAAGUGAUGAAACGUCGAAAUGUGCAGCAGAGGCAAGACGACGUCUCCGUAUGACAAAUGUGCACCAUCUGAUCUGCCCACAAGAGAAAAUGUUCCUAACCACUGCGUGCGACUAUUUCGGUGCUGAUUAUGAUGAUUUGAUAGACUAUAUCGAGUCUGUUGGAGAGAGCCGAGAUAAGCAAAUAAUCGUCGAUCACAGCUACUACAAACUGUUUAUGCACACUUUGAAAAUGUUCUACUAUACUGACAAGGGCUGGCGGUUUCAUCUCGAAUUCGACGAGUUCUUCUGCGGACAUUUGCGGAAACAUCGAGAGCCCAUCAUUGAGCAAAUGACUACAAAUUAUAAUAAUGCUAGAAAAGCUGCUCAAGAACAUCGAGAAAUGAUGGCGGCCAGAAGGACAGCCUUGGAAAUCGCUAUUGCGGACAUUCCAGAAAUUGAAGAAAUCUCAUAG